UGAGCUCAUUUCCGCAUGUACGGGUUGUGUCAGGGACUUUUGCACGGGUGAGCUUCCUUUCGCUCCGACAUCUUGACGAGGAAACAUGCCUCCCAAACAAGACAAGAAGAAGGAUACUGGGAAGUCCAAGAAGGACAAGGACCCAGUCAACAAGUCUGGAGGCAAAGCCAAGAAGAAGAAGUGGUCCAAGGGAAAAGUGAGGGACAAGCUCAACAACCUGGUCCUCUUCGACAAGGCGACCUACGACAAGCUGUACAAAGAAGUUCCCAACUACAAGCUUAUCACCCCUGCUGUUGUGUCAGAGAGGCUGAAGACCAAAACUGAACUUUUCAUGGUCAUUCUUUGUUUUCCAGGCAUGAUUAAACUAGUGUCUAAACAUAGAGCACAGCUGAUUUAUACACGUAACACCAAGGGUGGCGAUGAGGAGGCGGCAGCAGAGAAAGCAUAAUCAGGUUCUCCUGUUUGUUUCCUGUUUGUAAUGAAAGGUGAAUAAAAACUGUAAAGACAAUCUCAGCUGCACAUCUCUUUACUUUUUGUGUGUCAUCUGCU